AUGCGUAAACUAGCUUCCCAAGUACCCGACUCCGUCUCCCGCCUACUCCGCUCAACCCUCCUUCGUACCCCACCAACAUGGUACAAUCCCGUCCUCGCCAAUCCUCCACCGGUCCAGCCAUCCCGGCGCUCCCCCGUCCGCCCGGCUGGCGCACAGGACACGAUAAUGCGAAAGAUGGACCGUUCCGCCGAGGGCCGAACACGGACGCAUCAGAUGAAGCAUCUGAGAGAGAGAAAGCCAAGGGCGGAAGGGGUGGUGUAUGAGGAAGAUAGAAUACGAAGGCGGUUCUUUAUGGAUUUCCCCUUUGAGGCGUUGAGACCGACGAGUCUUGUGGAGGGGAGAGAAGUGCGCGGGGAAGAGGAUGAGGGGGUGAGAGGGAAGGAGUGGACGAGGCUUGAGCAGAGGGGAGGGUACGCUACGGUCGAAAAUACCAUCGCUUUCACACUCAAUCUCCACCACACGUUCGAAGUACCUAUGUCGGAGGCGUACGAGACGGCCGUGAACCAGUUCUCGGACCUCCGGGCCCGGCAUGAACUGGCCACACUAGCAGCUGAAGCUGAGGCUCGGGCGCACGGCGCAGAAUUCAGGCUAGACCCUUUCGAACGUGUCCACGCCAAGGAGACAAAAGCCCUCUCGACCCUCGCUACAUACACCACCUCCACCUCGGAUGUCACCCCUUCCUCGAAAUACAAAAAGCCCACACGGUGGUCCAUGACCGUCCCAUCGGCAAACUUGCCAUCUAGCGAGUUUACAGGCGGGCAGGGAUACGCCAAGAAGUGGAGAUUACCACCACCGGUGGACAUGGGGAUGACGGAGCCGCUUGUCGUCGGGUCAGCGGCGACCGCGGGAGGAGCAUCGUCCUCAGCAUCAACGGAAGACCGGAGGAGUGAGGAGGAUGAGGAACGAUUUCACCCGAGGAGGGCUAUGGAGGACGAGGAGUUUAUAACGGAGAUCUUGGAGAGGCCAAUACAGACUAGGGCAUGA